AUCCAACGAAAAGAAAAUGUCCGCGGCAGUUGAACUAUUUCGGACGUGUACCUCCCUGAACGACGUUUUUCACCGAUCACAAUGCAUUUUUGUCGAUAAAAUGAGCGAACCAGCCGCUCACGGGACGGACGGAUUCAUCACCAGGCUUCCGGACAGCAUCCUGUUGGAAAUCUUCAAGCACCUGAAUGUCCGAGAUCUGGGCAUUGCGGCUGGGGUGUGCAAGCGCUGGCACAUGCUGAGCCACGAUCCCGUGCUGCGUCUCUGCCUCGACGUCACGUUCAUCCCGCUGACCGCCAUGCGCAUCUGGUACCUGCUCCGGUCUCAGGUAGCGCCUUCUAUGCGCGAGCUGCACGUGCGGGGCUGCUUUCUGUACCGCAGCCGCUGGGGCACCCACGCGUCCUCGUUCCACAGCCUGUCGCCCUCGCUCAGCUCCUUCACGCUGCCGGAGCUCUGCCACCGUUGCCCCGCCCUCCAAGGACUCUUCCUCUCCGACAUGGCUCUGGCGCUGGACACCAACGGCGAGGUUCCCACCCUGGGCAACUUCCCGCCCACCCUGCGGAGCCUAGGCAUGAGGGGGUGCCUCUUCCAGCCGGCACCCUUCUUCUCCGAGGACCCCUCCCAGUUGGUGUCACGUCUGAGAUUUCUGGACCUCUCUUCGUGCAUCCAAGUGGAUGCCUGCGUCCUCGGACACCUUGAAGCGCGUGCGACCUCGCUACGUGCGCUGGGACUUGAACGGUGCGCUCGGAUCGACUCCGGUGGCAUGCUACGCCUUCAACGCCUCCUCGAGAACCUGGCGUGCCUCGACCUGGAGGCCACUGCCUUAGAUGACACAGGUCUCGCGCAUGUGCUGCGCCAUGCGCGGAGCCUCGAGACGCUCUUCGUCGGGAACACGUCUGCGACAGGCAGGCCGUUUUCGGCGCUUCCGCGCGGCUGGUUGACAAAACUCCGCCGACUCUGUGUCUGCAACACGGAGGUGCGCUUCGGCGAUUUGCCGGAGGUCGCGAGGGUCUCGCCGGCGUUGCGGAGGCUGAUUGCGUCUGCGGACGAGCCCGCGGAGGUGCCCCGCGAGUUUCGGGAAUCAAUGCCAAACUGCGAGGUCGUGAGGCGCGCGCUGCCACGGGACGAGACAUGCGGCCACUUCUUGGAGGCUGCGGUGAGGCGCUAUGGUUCCUGCCCCUGACGGGAGUUGGGUCCUUCAGGACGAAAAGCGGGGUCGGCGCACUCCGUUUCGCCCCAGGUCCGACUCUGGCCAGCGCUAAAAGAUCUGAUGGAGUCAGUCGAGCGGCACCAAAAGUGCGUCGUGGCGGCGCUCGUCAUCUUUGUACGUCUGCCAUCGCUGGGUAGAUCAAUUUGUGCACGAUAAACGCGUUGCGAUCCUGCGCUUUUUUUGUGCGCGAUUAGUUUAGUUGUUGAUGACUCGCAAAGACGCCAAGAGCUGCGACGAUGCACCUUUGGCUCCGCUUGAUUUGCUCAAUUGGAUUAUAGCGUUGACUGCGUUUGGACGUAUAGUGUGAAAUGGAAUGUAGGAGGAGUGGUUAAAAAAACCCCGAGACUAUGCAACCAUGUGCAAUGUACACCAGCUCGUUUGCGCCCUUACGUUUUGUUCAUUAGGAGGAGUGCUUGUCAGCACUUUUAGCUCUGCGUCUGUCAAACGUAGGAGUCGUAGGAGAACUUUUGCCCGGCCUUUUUUUUUUUUUCUUAGGAAACUCAACGACUGCGGCUGCACCAUACUCCUAUUCACUUAAGUGCGAGCGUAGCAGAAGCUACAAGAGGGAACUCUGGGCUUUCAACAUCCCUGCCAGGCAUGCGCUCGUGCUGUGUGCGUGUCGUCCAGGACAACAUGCUUUCGCGUGUCGCUUUGGCUUCGCUUGUACAGGGUGUCACAUAAGAAAAUUUACACGGUCUUUUUUUAUAACAAAAAUACACUUGGCAUCGCCGAACGCUCAGUCUCUGUCCAAAGGUAGUGCCAGAGGUUACAACCAGAUGCAAAAGUUUCAGGCCGAUCUGAUAACUUAAUCAAAAGUUAUACCUGAUUUUCUGAAAAUUUCAAUGGGAAAAUUGUGGCCGACGUAGUUUUCAAACAUAUAAGGCUUUAUGACUCCAGAAACCGAAAACGGGCAAAAAUAGGCUCCAUUUUCCCAUUGAAAUUUGCAGAAAAUCACUUAUAACUUUUGGUUAAGGUAUCGGAUCGGGCUGAAACUUUGGCUUCUGGUUGUGACCUCCAGCAAUACCUUCGGGCGGAGAAUGAGCGUUCGGCGAUGCCUAGUUUAUUUUUGUGGUAAAAAAGACUGUAAAUUUUUUUUGGUGACACCCUGUACAUGAAGUGAAACGGGCUAUAGCUUUGUUCGGCCUAGGAGAAUGCAGCUAGUAGUUGGGCACUCUAUUAGGAUGUGAAGCGUUAAAAUUAGCUGCAGACCUCGGAAUUGCGUAGCACGGCCUUGGGCACAAAAACCUUGUGCAGGUCGUCCGAUUCAGAGUUGUACAUGGGGAGAGUUUGGCCAAUCUAUGAUCUCGCCGCCUUAACGUGAGCCAGUCAGCCCGCCGUGCUGAGCGAGAGGCGUGAGCACAUGAGCAUUAACUCCAGGCCGCUCCCAGCUGAGCGGGGAGGGUCGCCAUUUCCAUUCAUUCGCCCGGUGGAAUGCAUGGGACCGACAACCAAAUUUCGGUUCUUUUCUUUUCUUUGGCAGGAUCUGGCAAGAAAAUUAUAUAGUGUUAUUCCUCGGUGGCUUAAAAAGCUAACGAAAGACGUUUCUCCAUGUUUGAAUGCAAACUUUUAUUCAGGCGGAAAAGAAAUAAGCCCGUAGCAGACGACGCAUAGCCUCAACAGUGCUCUGUGCCUACAGCGUAUUGCGUCAAAAUGGCGGUCGUCUCCUCUUUGUUCUUCUCUCACUCAUUCGGUGCUGUCCUCCCUUUCCUUCACUUUUCUCCUCUCCAGUGCCUUUGUCGAAAUACGCACUGGCCAGACUCUCGCAAUAUACCGCUCUUGUCCAGUCUUGUUGGCUUUGUUGCAUCGUGUAGUAAUGCCAUGGGAAAGCUACGUUGCUGAAAGAAACUUCCCACGGCUGAAAGGAACUUCCCAAUUACAUGGAAAUUGUAGCGUGAUUCUUAUGUUUUUGUACAUAUUUUAUUUUCUAUAAAAACGUGGCCAUAGAUAUUCACACACAUUUUAGCUUAUCAUGUUUGCUUUUGCACAGAAGAGACCGCAAGGGUCUUAAGUUAAAGCUUCCUUUGCACAACUGUCAAACAACAUGUAAAAAAUUGUUUCUUUUUUUAUAUUUUGCAGGCACGGGUUUGUCGGGACUUGUAUCUGAACACAUUCAAACCGUGUUGUAGAGGGAUGUGCCUUUAGUGUGGCUUUGUAAUGCUUCAAUUAUGCUCGUGCAGCAAACACAAUUGAAAUGUUCAUGCAUAGAUAACGUUUACAGCAUUUGAUAAAAGUGCUAAGCGUGCAGACUGGAGUUAGAAAUGUUACUAUGGAGAAUUUUGAAGGCUGAAAUAGAGAUACAAAGAUGGAGUUGUUGAUAUUGGAUAAAGGUCUUCAGUUGCUCCUAUGCCACUGGAGUUAGAGGCGCUCUGGGACGUGGCCCUUGUACAACAUUCCUGAAUAUUUAGAGGCAGUAAGUAUGUACAUCCUGCAAUUAAAGAGGGUACAAUAAUAGCCACAACACUGGUUCAUUUAUCCAUUUGUAUGUAUACACUAUCUUAUUAGUAGUAGCCUGCAAUAUUGAAGAAGCCAACAUUAUUUCUCGAAACAACAAUAUGCAUCUAGAAUAUGUUUAUCUGGGCAUGUUACAGGAUGCUGCUUUUGUCUGACUCGAAUUGCAUUUUCUCAUCACAGAGUGAAAUGCACCUCAAAUCUAGCAUUGUCUUCUCUCUCCCCGAUCCUACUCGAUGCACUGCACCGAGGAACUCAACGAAACCGACCAUGUUUGAAUAUGCUGCCGAUUUUAUAAUGUAUGUUGCAUGCACGACCGAAUGGAGUUACGUUCAUGUUUUCAAAAUACAACCUUACGAUGCAUUCAUCGU